UGUUGCCGCGGCAGCAGAGCAGGACAGAUCAGAGACAGUACAACAACUCCUCCUCCUCCUCCUUUCUUUUUUUGCUCUCCUUCCUCCUGCAUCCUCCUGCGCUCCUCUGGCCGGCUCCACCUGGAAAACCUACUUCUUCUUCCUCCUCGUCCCCCUCAGCUUCAUCAGCGCGCCAGCAGCGGAGGACGGCCUUACAUGGACACCCAGUAACGGCCCAACUCGCCUCCUCCCGGCUCCCCAGAGCCCUCAGGCCCUCCGGCUUUCAUAUGGGAGACGGAGAAGCUCAGAGGGAUCGAGUGGAAGCUCACAGAUGGAAAGCUGGAGCUGAAGAGGGCGUCUGGAGAUCUGCAUCAUCAUCAUCAUCAUCAUCAUCAUCAUCCUCAUCCUCACAGUUAAUAAGAAUCAGAGCGGCGAGCAGCAGGCGGACACUAACACACUUUAUCGUUUCUGGAUUUAUUUCUUCUUCUUCUUCCAGAUCCCUGCAGAAAUAAACAUUAUUAAGGAAGAACUUUAUUAUUAUUUGGAGACUCGGCUGAGUUCAGCUUCUAAUCCUGAACAUUAAUAAAGCGCCUCCUGGACGUGAGCGUUGUUUUUCCCUCAGGAGCGUCUUGCAGGAGAAGCUCUGCUCUCCGACUGAAAGGACAUUAAACGCAGUCCAACAAACAGGAAGCUCACCUGCCAGGUGUGACGUGGUCCUGCUCUUUCUGAAUCUGUUUUAUGGCUUGACAGCUCCCUGACGUCUGGCCCCUCCCCCCCCCCCCCCCAUCCUCCCCCUCCAACAUGUCCGCCCGGCUCGGCUCUUACUGCCCAGGCGACAUCAGGAAGGCACAGGUGGAGCUGUGAGCCCUGCUUCAAACAAUCUUCCCACCUCAGACUGGUUAGCCCCGCCCCCUCACCCCACUCAGCCCCUCCUCUGGUGGGACGCACUGAUGCAAGAUGGCAGCCGGCGUCGCCACGUGGCUGCCGUUUGCGCGGGCGGCGGCUGUGGGUUGGCUGCCGCUGGCCAAGAAGACGAUGCCCAAACCUCCGGUGGACAACUCGUCCAGAUCUGACGAGAUCCUCUACGUCAACGUCAGUGGCGUCCGCUUCCAGACAUGGAAGAACACUCUGGACCGGUACCCCGACACGCUGCUGGGCUCCUCAGAGAAGGAGUUCUUCUACAACGAGGACACUCAGGAGUAUUUCUUUGACAGAGACCACGAGAUGUUCCGGCACAUCCUAAACUUUUACCGCACCGGGAAGCUGCAUUACCCCCGACACGAGUGCAUCCAGGCGUUUGACGAGGAGCUGGCCUUCUACGGCAUCGUCCCAGAGAUCAUUGGAGACUGCUGCAUGGAGGAAUACAGAGACAGGAAAAAGGAGAACCAGGAGCGCCUGGCGGAGGACACGGAGGCCAACGAGUCGACGGACGCCCCCCUCCCUCCACACAGCACCCACCGGGAGCGUCUGUGGCGAGCCUUUGAGAACCCGCACACCUCCACCAUGGCGCUGGUCUUCUACUACGUGACGGGCUUCUUCAUCGCCGUGUCGGUCAUCGCUAACGUGGUGGAGACGGUUCCCUGCCGGCCUCCCAAGGGCAAGGUGGGAGACCUGCCCUGCGGGGAGAAGUACCAUCUGGCCUUCUUCUGCAUGGACACGGCCUGCGUGCUCAUCUUCACCUUCGAGUACCUGAUGCGUCUGUUCGCCGCGCCCAGCCGCUGUAAGUUCAUGCGCUCGGUGAUGUCGGUGAUCGACGUGGUGGCCAUCAUGCCCUACUACAUCGGCCUGGUGAUGCCCGAGAACGAGGACGUGAGCGGCGCCUUCGUCACCCUGCGGGUGUUCCGCGUCUUCCGCAUCUUCAAGUUCUCGCGUCACUCCCAGGGUCUGCGCAUCCUGGGCUACACGCUGAAGAGCUGCGCCUCCGAGCUGGGCUUCCUCCUCUUCUCCCUCACCAUGGCCAUCAUCAUCUUCGCCACCGUCAUGUUCUACGCCGAGAAGGGCACCAAAAGCUCCACCUUCACCUCCAUCCCGGCCUCCUUCUGGUACACCAUCGUCACCAUGACCACGCUGGGCUACGGAGACAUGGUCCCAAGCACCAUCGCAGGGAAGAUCUUCGGGUCCAUCUGCUCCCUCAGCGGCGUGCUGGUGAUCGCCCUUCCUGUGCCGGUCAUCGUGUCCAACUUCAGCCGGAUCUACCACCAGAACCAGCGAGCGGACAAGAUGAGAGCCCAGCAGAAAGUGCGUUUGGCUCGGAUCCGCAUGGCAAAGAAAGGAACGACCAACGCCUUCCUCCAGUACAAAGAGGACCACACUCUUGGAGACAGAGACAGCGGCAGCACGGCUCUGUGUGUGAAGAACCGCUCAGCAUUCGAGCAUCAGCACCACCACCUGCUUCACUGUCUGGAAAAGACCACGAACCACGAGUUCACAGACGAGAUGACCUACAGCGAGCUCUGCAUGACCGAGUCGGUGGGCUUCAGGACCAGCCGCAGCACCUCCCUGUCCAGCCAGCAGGGGGCGCAGAACAACUCCACAGGUUGCUGCCCCCGCCGGGCGCGCAGGAGAGCCGCCAUGCGCCUGGCUAACUCCACGGUGUCCGUCAGCCGGGGGAGUGUCCAGGAGCUGGACACGCUGCACUUUAAAACCACCGCCAUACCGCCGCAAACUCGAUCCAGUCUGAACGCCCAGCCUGACGACCUGAAGCUGAACUGUGGCGAGCAGGAUUUCAGCGCCGCCAUCAUCAGCAUCCCCACGCCACCUGCCAACACGCCUGAUGAGAGUCUGCCCCCAUCGCCGGCGCCCCUCGCCGGCAUCCUGAGGAACACCCGGGCCACCGCCUACACCCACGACACCGUCAAAAUCUCCUCUCUAUAACCUUUGAUUCCUCCCCCUCCCCCCCUCCCCCUCAGAAACGCUCGCCCUCUGAACCGCUGAUCCUGGAUCCGGCCCGCAGGCUGACAGCUGGGACUGCUCUGAUCCUUGGACAAGAUGUUCGGGAUGAGCCCGAAACAGGAACUUUAGAGAAGGAUUUAUCCUCCAGAGAACAGCUAGGAAGCAGAAGACUCCUCCGUUUCAACACUUCCACACACUUUUCACCCCGACACAGUUCAUCAUGAGAGGCAGGAGCGUCCUGGACCGCCUGACACCAGCCGCAGCUUUGGGUUCUUUGGGUUUAUUCCUGCUCUGGGUCUAAAUGGGAUGGAUGGAAAAGGGCUGCUCUGGAAUGCCGUCUCACUUUCCAUCAAGAAAGGAACCGCUUGUGGGAACGAGUCGACUCAGAGGGAGUUUCUUGGAUCGAACUGUUAGCUGAGUGGUGCGAC